ACUCCACCUGGGCCAGGGUCUCGGGUCUGGGCGUGGGUUGGCGGCGGCUUUGGACUCCCCUGGAGAAUCCAGUUUCCCAGUCUACGUUCUUGAGGGCUUGGUGGGAAGAGAACCAGCUUCCUAAAGGGAAUGAAUGACCAGCUGAUUGGUGCCAAGAUGUCUGGGUGACCAGGUGUAGGAGCCACCUUGAAGCUGCAUAGCAAGGCAGGAAAGCUUGGCUGUUAGGCCAGCAGAAACUGAGCUACCUUAUAUCACUAGCACGCUCAAGGCUUGUGAAGUAAGAGGGCCAAGAACACGAUCGCUAUGGUGUAUGCCGUUUGUAACAAUUAUUUCAUCUCUUCCGUGUGCACAGCCCCUGCCUUAGGGCCUGCCAGCUUGGGCAGAGGAGACUGUUUCAAGGUGUUUCCAGAGCUCCACGUAUGCCGGGAUCAGGAACAUGGGGAUGUAAAGACCGUUCUUCCCUCAAGAACCUUACGUUGAAAGAAGACUGACCUGUGUGGGACCAGCUACACGGGAAAGUGACAAGUGCCCUGGUGGAAGAAGCAGUGCGUGCGGCCAUAGAACCCCACACCAGCCCUAGUAGCAUCCUCAAAGUGCAGUCAGCAUAGAACCCAGGUGCCUUCACAUCCUGCUUUGAACUGCUCAGCCCACUAGGUGGGACAAAAUGUAGACUGCCCUUGUGUAGUGGCUCUUGGUUUUACUUCUUUUCUGCUAAUACUAGGUCCUGACCUCAGUUGAGCAGGGAUCAGGUGCUGUGGUGCAUGCCUGUAAUCAUAGCUCUUUUGAGUACUGAGGCAGGAAGAUCACAACAAGUUCAGGGUAGGCAACUCAAAAUCCUGUAUGCCCUGGGUUCAGUCUCCUUUACUGUGGAGAGUGACCGGGUGAGCCUUUGCAGAGCACCGCUGUGAUCCCUCACUGAGACGCUGCCUUAGUCCUGCAGCCUCCCCCAGCCUCGGUGUCCUUUCAGCUUCAGAUCUGUCUCACGCUUCUCAGAAGUCGUCUCCAGGUAGUUGCCUUGGAUGCUGAUCUGAAUCCAAAUCAAGCUUGUCUAAAUGUUUUCAUCCAAGAAAGAUGGCAUUCUCAGAUUCCGUGUAAGCAGCAAGAGACCAGGUGCCAUCUUCCUGGAGCAGAGCUUCAGCUGCACACAUAGGACGUGGCAAGCCACCCAUGUUGGACUAGAGUUACAAAAGAAUCAGGAAACCUCUGACGGUAAGCUCUUAGCCCUCCUUGGCUUCCUGGGUGCUUCCUGCCUCCCACCUCCCAGGAUCAGUGAUGGAAAAGCCUGCAGGCAGGAAAAAGGCAACCCAGGCCCCAAAGGAGGAAGCAGUAAUGCAAGAGGCCACUGUUAAAGAAGAAAAAGUAUCAGGUGGGAAAAGGCUAAACAAGAGACGUUCAGGGGCCAGAAGACGCUGCCAAGAGCCGACUCUGAGCCCUGAGGACGAGGCACAUCUCUUUGAUGCCUUCGAUGCUUCAUUUAAAGAUGACUUUGAGGGUGUCCCUGUGUUUGUGCCCUUUCAGAGGAAAAAGCCCUAUGAGUGCAGUGAAUGCGGGCGGAUAUUUAAGCACAAGACGGAUCACAUUCGCCAUCAGCGAGUUCACACAGGAGAGAAGCCUUUUAAAUGUGAUGAGUGUGGGAAGACCUUUCGGCACAGUUCUGAUGUCACUAAACACCAGAGAAUUCACACUGGUGAGAAACCCUUUAAAUGCAGGGAGUGCGGGAAGGCCUUUAACUGUGGCCCCAACCUCCUGAAACACCAGAAAACACACACAGGCGAGAAGCCCUAUGAGUGUGAGGAGUGUGGGAAAGCCUUCGCCUAUAGCUCCUGCCUUAUCCGCCACCGGAAGCGCCACCCAAGGAAGAAGUACUAAGCUGACCGUGGCCUGUGGCACUCCGAGUUUGUGCUGAUGCACCAUGGCUUCUCUCAUUCGUGGAGUCAUGUGCAAUGUACCAGGUGAGCCUGUGGCUACCUGGUUCUGUCCUCACCAGGAAAAUCCACCUGUCAGACAUGUGAGCAACUGAGCCAGCCCUGGAAGUCUCUGUACAGACAGUGAGAGAAACACAGACACGCCCCUGUCUCAUUGCAGCUACACUCAUUAUUUGAGAUACUUCACGCCGCUUGGGGCUCAGCACCAGAGACAAACAGCACAAGCCCUGAAACAGAGCAACCCCCAGCAGGAGCAGCACCUCCUGCCAGUGCGGGCCCAGUGUCUCCUACUUCUACAUUAGCCCUUCCAGCAGCACGUCCAGGCUCCAGUCUGUGGACACUCGGCCCCCUUGGUCUCUGAGCCCAGCCCUACGCGGCUGAGAAGGAGCUGGGGCCUCGAGCUGGAUCUCAGUGCUCUAUAGCCAGCUCAGUGGCCCCAAGUGCCCCCUGGAUGGCACUAGUUCUCACUUGUCCCUACAUAGCUGGCUUCUAUCUUUGGGCUGGAUCCACCGGUCCCUAAGUUCAGGCCUUGUCCCCAGAACUGGGCCAUAUUGUAUGUCCUCCCGACCCAGCUGUCAUCUCAACUGGGCAGCAUCAUUCACCUGAAUGAUCUCAUCGGAAUCAGGCUUUGUAUGCCCUUGAGCAGAGCCACGCUGGGAGAUUCCUUCCCCAGGCAUGAAGAGGAGCCCAGGUGCCAUCAGCAGCACCAUUGUCAGCUUUGAUUCACUUGAUCUAAAGACAUAGCAGCGGCCUGCCCAAUGGUGGCCCUCCAUUCAGUUAGGACUGAUAGGACAAGCCCCAGACACGGAACACCACAAUGCCACGUACCUGCCCUGUGUUGGGCUGCACAGACACCAGCGGCAGUGAGCAGACCGUGGGCGGCUCCAUGGCCCUCCAGCAGCUGACUGCUAGAGUGGAUCACCCCAACAAGAAGCUCCGGCAAGACAUGCAUACAAAGGAACCUUAAAAGCAAUGGGAAAAACAUCCAUGCUCAUGAAUUAAAGAAAGAGGCAGAGAGGACCAUGUGCAGCACCUUUGGCAGAGGAAGCAGCAGGGAAGCUGCUGGGAACCUGCACCCUUAAUAGCUAUCAUUGUGGGGUCAGCUUGGUGGCAGGGCGCAGUGAGGGGAGGGAGGCCUUCAGGUACAGAGGGACAACUACAGGGCCCUUUCUCUGGUUCCCAAACCAAUUGUUCCUGACUGCCCAGCAGUCCUCACUAUCAGCUGGUGCCACUGAAGAGCCCCCAGCAUUAACUUCUGACUUAAGUAAAGCCACCGUGGAGAGGCAGUUAAGAGUGUCCACAACCUCCUGGUUAUCUGAGAUGCGUCUGAGGGGAAACCUGAGCCACCCUCAGCCAAGUAUCAGAGUUCUUGUUGUAGGAAAUGUUUAACCAAAGCUAGAAACUUCCUAGGAGUAUGCGGUGUCUGCAGUGGCCAGGGCCUCUCACCUGGGCAACACAUGCCCAAUCAGAUGUCAAGCAGGCAUUGUCCCCAAGGCAUCACCCUACAGGAAGAGCACUGGCCAGCAGGGCUCCACUCAAGCAUCACUUGCAGAGAGCCUCAGCCAAAUAUUGGGUGCUCCUCAAAACAAGUGCUUUGUGACCCUCACUUGCAUCUGUCCCUGAGGCUCAUCCCAGCUGGGCAAGAAGGCAUAAACCAUCUCUGAGGGGAUGCAGGAGGUGAGCAUGUUGGAGAGGGGCACUCUUUCUCAAGGGACCAACAUCUCAGGGACACAAGCCCAGCUCCACAGUGGCAAGGCCCUCACCUGCCCUCUUAUGUCUUCUUCUGCACAGAGGGACAGGACUGACCAGUGGCUUGGACUUGACCCUGACUGGGUCCACUUGUUUCCUAGCAGGUGUGACCCCAGGGUGUACCUGAGCUUCAUUUCUAAUGACCUCGUCAAUCCCUCCCAAUUUGGGCACCAAGAUUAACGUUCCUUUUGUGCUAAGACACCAAGACACUCUGCAGAGGAAGGCAGGCCUGAAGGAGGGCGGGCCUUCUGGCUCAAGGUGCACAUGAUUGGUGGCUUCUGGGGAGACUCACAGGAGGAUGGGGUGCACUUCCAGAGGUAAUAUGGACAAGGAGCUGGGCCCUGUGCCAUAGGUCAGCUAUAGGCUGGGACACUGCACUGCUCUGGGCAUCAGCCUGAGCCUUCUAGAACCUGUUGUCUUAGAAGCUUGUUCAUUCUUUCCUGAUUUCCUCCUUACUCACCAGCUGCAUGGUCAGUGCACUGAGGACAAGCAGAUUUUCAUCACCUUCACCAAACCUUGCUGUAGUGACACCCAGGUUGGCAGUGUUGCACUGCACCUCCAGGGAAGGGGCUCUAGGCCCAGCUGCCUUGUCAAGGUAGGUGGUAUCUCCAUCCUCUUCAUGUUUCUGUGGUUCUAACUCCUCCUCCAGCUGAACCACUGGCUAUCCUUACAGCAUAUCAUUGGACAUGUGUCUUGCCCUUAUUAUGAACUUCAGUGACUGGUGCAUUGUGAACAAUCUUUGACAGCCAUGGUUGGUCUCUUGUGUUGUAUCAGAUAUUUCCCUAGUGUGAUGCUUCCCGGUUACAUUGUCCAAAAACCUAACUUUCCAAUUGGCCAAAGUUGUUAAACUUUACUCACAUAUAAUAUCUUUAGACUUUAGUAGUGUCAACACUGGGACAUUCCAUUUACCUUUGACUUCAGUCUCCUGUGGGUUGCUGUACAGUGCUUGAAGUGAUGCCCAGAACUCAUUAGCAGACACUGCCUGUUCCUCUCACUUAUGGAUGUCUAUUUUCUCAAAGUAAAAGUCUGUUUCUAACCCA